UUCAACUUACAGCAGAGUCCUGGGCAGCCUUCUCGGAAAACCAGUUCCCUGCCUCCCUGGUGGCCUGGCUGGUGAAACCAGCAGAUGCUUUCUCAUCAGUUAGGAAACACUGCCAUCCUGUGGCUAUGCGUUGAUAGUACUCCGACCUGCAAAUUGCUGAAAUUUCAAUGGCGUUGUUUAAUGAUUAAACCAAAAGAGCACACCUAUUUAGUCAGAUGGCAGAAGGAAAGCCAGAGUGACCUGGUAAAGAAGGAUGCUCUCUGGAGUCUUCAAAGAACAAACAAACAAACGAAAAAACACCUGGAUUCGUCUCUCUGAACUCUUAACUUUGCUUUUAAAAAUCUAACCUAAGCCUUUAGCGAUUCUGGUGACAAAGAUGUCAUCUACUCCCAACCACUGUUGGUUUAGAAUCCUACGCACGGUGGCUCUGCAUAGACGCUGUCCUUUCCAGGGAAGUUCACAUCAAUCUGUCUCCAGGCUAUUUCCCUUGGCUAGUGCAAGCUCUGUUUCCACUCCUAGGUCUGUUUGACCUGCAUCCUCCCACGGUAGGCUAAACCUAAAUUCCAAUAUUUCCACUUUCUUUUUUGAAGCAGAACGAUUUGGGGGUAUGUCUGCUAACGUCUUUAAGCAUCAGUUACUCCAUCCAUUUGUAAAGUGGGAUAGCAUCUUCGUCAAAGGGCUAUUGUAAGAAUGAAAUGACAAAGGGGUGUGUGUGUGUGUGUGUGUGUGUGUGUGUGUGUGUGUAAAGACUGCCUGGAACUUCACAGGUCUUGAUAGUGGGAAGUCAUAUUUCCCGUGAGGGCUUGCUAGUAUUGUCCAUUGGUGGCCCAGUGAUUUGAUGUCAGAGGUUUACAGGAUCCUCAGCAACAAAUCCGAGAAUGGAAGAACUCUUUCAGGCUUUAGAGACCACCGCUAUUUUCACGCGUGGGCAGCUGGCCGAGCACGGAUUGCAAGCCGGCUCUUCUUGCGUGCGCAGUCGGCUGCAGGUGGCUCGGGCCCCUGUGGUGAUCUCUGUUUACGGAGAGAGCGGGUCCAAGUUGGGCUCCAUCUCUGCACUGGCUGGCGACUCGGCAGAACCCUGCCUGCCAGGAACGCGCGGAGAAAAACCAGCCGAACCCACCUUCGCCCUUUCCCUACUCCCAACGCCGGGAGAGGUCGGGCCUGGUUCCCGCGCCCAUGCUCGGGGCGACGUGCCCACCCUGGGCGAGCAGCCCGAGGCUGGAUCUCAGGGACGUCAGCUCCCUAGCGGAGGCCCAGGCGUGGAGACUUCAUUCACAGGUGUUUCCCCACCCCAGCAGACGGCGAUGACCCCCAAGCCGGCCGGACCCCCGGACGGGGGCUGGGGCUGGGUGGUGGCGGCCUCAGCAUUCGCCGUGAACGGGCUCUCCUACGGGCUCUUACGCUCCCUGGGCCUUGCCCUCCCCGACCUCGCGGAGCACUUUGAACGAAGCGCCCAGGACACUGCGUGGGUCAGCGCCCUGGCCUUGGCCGUGCAGCAGGCAGCCAGCCCAGUGGGCAGCGCCCUGAGCACUCGCUGGGGGGCACGCCCCGUGGUGAUGGUUGGGGGCGUCCUAACCUCGCUUGGCUUGGUCUUCUCGGCUUUCGCCCGAAGCCUCCUACACCUCUACCUCGGCCUGGGCCUCCUCGCUGGUUCCGGCUGGGCCCUGGUGUUCGCCCCUUCCCUGGGUACCCUCUCUCGGUACUUCUCCCGCCGUCGGGUCUUGGCGGUAGGGUUGGCGCUCACCGGUAAUGGGGCAUCCUCGCUGCUCCUGGCACCUGCCUUGCAGUUCCUCCUUGAUACUUUCGGCUGGCGGGGUGCCUUGCUCCUCCUUGGCGCUGUCACCCUCCACCUCACACCCUGUGGCGCCUUGCUACGACCCUUGGCUCUUUCUGGUGACCCCCUAGCCCCACCUCGAACUCCCUUAGCUGCCCUUGGCCUAGGUCUCUUUAGACGCCGAGCCUUUACAAUCUUUGCUUUGGGCACCGCCUUGAUUGGGGGCGGAUACUUCGUCCCCUACGUGCACUUGGGUCCGCACGCUUUAGAUCAGGGGAUGGGGGGUUACGGGGCAGCGUUGGUGGUGGCUGUCGCUGCAGUGGGAGAUGCGAGUGCCCGACUGGUCAGUGGAUGGCUUGCAGACCAGGGCUGGGUGCCCCUUCCGCGCCUUCUGGUUGUGUUUGGGUCUCUGACUGGGUUAGGGGUACUGGCAGUGGGACUAGUGCCCACUGUGGAGACGGAGGAGGGUUGGGGGGCUCCCCUGCUAGCCGCGGCUGGGGCCUACGGCCUGAGCGCCGGGAGUUAUGCCCCACUGGUUUUCGGUGUGCUCCCCGGGCUGGUGGGCAUUGGAGGUGUGGUACAGGCUACAGGGCUGGUGAUGAUGCUGAUGAGCCUCGGGGGACUCCUGGGCCCUCCCCUGUCAGGUUUCCUAAGGGAUAAGACAGGAGACUUCAGUGCCUCUUUCCUGGUGUGCAGCUCUUUCAUCCUCUCUGGCAGCUUCAUCUACAUGGGGCUGCCCAGAGCCCUCCCAACCUGCCGUCCAGUCUCACCUCCACCUACCCCUCCCCCUGAGAGAGGGGAGCUGCUCCCAGUUCCACAGGCAUCCCUGCUCUCGGCAGGGGGCGCUGAUCCCACCCGGGAAACCACUUGUUGAUCUUUUUCUUGUUUGAGCCCCUUCCCUAAUAAAGGCUUUUUGUCUGA